ACCUUCCUCCAUGGGCAGUACGUUGAGAGAGAAGGAGCUUACAAACGAUGAAUUCCAUUUAUUUAUUGACUGUAUUUACUUAAAAUGUAUAUGAUAAGGGAUAUAAACUAUGUUCAUCUUUCAUUUUUGGAUGGAAAUGAUAAACUUUUUUCUGUAAUGAUAAGUUUCAAGAAAUCAUCACUAUGCAGCAAUUGUUUUGGAAAAUCAAAAGAAAGAAUAGUAUGAACUAAAACUCCAGGAAUACCAAUCAGAUUAUCCUCCUUUUGGAAGAUUCAUUAUUGUAAAUGAUACCUUACAAUGAACGGAAGACUUGGAAAUGAUAUUGACCUUGACACCGAUCAUGCACCUGUACGUAGGGAAGGUUUUGAUGAACCUGCAACAACCUUUCACCAAAGGAACGGAUUUGACAGUGAGAAUCGAAAUGGAGAAUCAAUACCCAGGAUAGACAAUUGUCCACCGUCUGUGGUGAAUGCUGCCCAUGUUUUAAAUCAUGCGCCACAGCCAGUUAAUGUAAAUGAUACCGGUGUUUCUUUUGAUCGGCCAAAAUACAUCCAGUAUGCUAUCCGUGUAUCAAGACUUAAAACAUAUAAUAAAUGGUCAGAUUCACAUUUUCUGAAAUCAAAUGACCUUUCUGAAGCGGGUUUCUUCUAUUCUGAAAAAGGAGAUACUGUAGUGUGCUAUUAUUGUGGACUAGCUUUGAAUUCAUGGGAAUCUGGUGAUAGACCAUGGACAGAACACGCUCGCUGGUCUCCAAACUGUACACAUGUCCUAAACAUACUGGGACCUAAUUUUAUCAAGGAAACCCUGGGAUGUGAUGGAGACGUGAAUAAGAUGCAGGCUGUAGAUGACAAAUACCGAAACAGAAGGCAGCAUCCGACAGAUCUACAAACAGAUUCAGAAAAAGGGGCCGCAGCCAAGAAGGAACCUGAAUUCUAUGAGGACAUGAUGCAGAGACCUUCUGUACAGAGUAUAUUAGAAAUGAAUAUUGAACAAGUUAAAGUCCGAGAUGCCAUCCGUAUUCUCAUCCAUAGAAAAAAAACUGACGAGUUCUCAGCAGUUGAUUUGAUGCAGGUAGUGUUUGAUAUUGAUGAUGGAAAUUUAACAAAUGAUGACAAUGAUGCCUUAAAAGGAGAAGUCAAGAAAAGUGAGGCCGAUGUUGCUGUCAAUGGGCCAUGUUUACAUGAAGAUUCCACAAAGUCUGACAUUUUAAAAGAAAAUGAUGCUCUCCGAGUCCAGCUGACUUGCAAGGUCUGUCUCCAGGCUCCAGUUUCAAUAGUGUUUUUACCGUGUGGACAUUUAAGCUGUUGUGCAGAAUGUGCCCCUGCAUUGAAGAAUUGUCCAAUUUGUCGCUCAAACAUAAAAGGGAGUGUAAAAACAUUUCUAACAUAAAUGGCUGAAAAAAUUGUUUUCAACAUUCAUUGAUGUAUAAAUUACAUUACUCUCUACAGCAAUGCACCAGUUAACUGCAAUGCUUUGAUCAUUUAAUGCAAACAUAUGUUUCUGUAUGAAGAAGUAUAUCAGUCAAUUUACAUAAGCUAUACUGUGAUAUAGUACAUCAGUAUGUACACAAUUUGAUUAAAGGCAAAUCAGCUCAAAUGUGCAAUGACAUGUAGGGUGGUGCUGUACGUAUCAAUCAUGACAUGAUAUUUGUAGGAUAUAUUUCCUUUACACAGUGAUCAGAUUUGAAUUGUUGAGCGGAUUCUUACAGAAGUUUGCAAACAAAAUUUGUUUCAUACCCCGAUGAAACUAAAAAAAAAUUGACAUCAACGCUUAUAAUUAAUUUUUGAAAAUGAUUUUCUAAUUUAAAACAUGUUUUAUGUACAAUUUUACUGGUUUUAAAUGGGAUUCUUUUUUCUCAAAUCAAUACGCAACGUCAAUUGUCGUAUUGUGACGUCACAUUUUUCGCGCCAUUCUCAGAAUUUUUUUCAUAGAAGAAUGAAAAGAAUUUUUCGACCAAUCACAUUUAAGUAUAAAGUAUCAGUUAAGUAUGAAGGUCUAGAUAUAUUAUUAGAUGCAUUAUUUAUUCCCUUUAGACUAAAUAAAAAAACAAUGCUUUUUGGUAAAUAUGAUGGUGAUUAUAAAAAUCCAUCCUUUAAAGUAGAUAAUCAAAUUAUUUUGAUUAUAAAACAAUACAUAUACAGAAACAGAUGUCUGCAUAAAUCUUUAAAUAUCAACUCUUUACUCUAUUGUAUCUAUGAUCAUUAUAAAGUCAGAAAAUUUUGUAGCUCUAAAAAAGGGGAAAAAGAAAAAAACAAAUGUUUGGCUGAAUGGAGAAAAUGGGAUAAACUUUUGCAGAUUAUGGAAUAAUACUUUUUUAAUCUGUUUUAUUGACUUAUACAUUACACAUUUAUUUGUAUUAAAUAUUAAUAAUCGCAUACAUGUGGUACCUUCUUCUUUUGCUGGAAUCCCAGUGUCUGACAAUUGCAGUAAAUAUAUAUAAUUGAGUUAAUCUACAUUUUUAGUAACAAGUCUACCAUCCAGUCCUUUCCUCUUUUGGCAUAAAUUGUGUAAAGUAUGAUAUUUUUUUUUUUUUUUUUUCUUUUGUACUAUCUUUGAAUAAAAAUACUUUAAAAUAUUACAAAGUACUCCCUUCCUUUUCUUCUCCUUCCUUUCUUUCUUCCACUUUUCAUCCUUCUUCUCUUCCUUCUCCUUCCUUUCCUCUUCUUUAUGUAUGUCUGUAUAUGUCUAUAUGGAUUUUUGUCGUUUUGUUCAAGAUUAAAUAAUAUAAAUGUUAUGAUUUGUAUCCUGUCCACGUGUAUCUGUGUUUGUUUUUAUCUUAUACCAUUGAUGUUAGGUGUGUAUGUUUGUUAGGGUGAGAGGGUGAAACCAUAUGACGUUAAAUAUGAAAGGUUUUGGAAGAAUAUAUAGUGUGAAAGCUGAACAAUUGAGUGAAUAGAUGCAAUAUACAUUAAUUUGAAUGUCAAAAAGAUAGAAUGUAGAGUGAGUGAGUGAGUAAGUAUGUAAAUGUUUCCGAAGUAAAAUAUAUAUAUGUACCUAUGUAUAAUAUGCCUUGGAAAAAUAAAACAAAUAUAAAAAAAAAAAUAAAGUAUCAAAAUGUAACGAAAAAACCCCCAGAUAAUACCAUUUUAAUUACUUCAUAACAAAUACCGAUGAUUGUCAGUGUGAAUUUAAUAUUAUAUUAACCAGUCACCCAUAACAACGCCCACUCCGGAUAUCAAUAAUUAGGUGAAUCCAAUAAUUAUUGUAAGUCGACACCUCUAAAGCGUUCAUAAUAAAACUUGUGUGCUUACCAAGCGAUUGAAGAUAUAGAGCAGGAUCCAUGUUGAGGUAAUACUAAUCAACAUAUACCUACAUACUUUCUUUGAUAAUUUAUUUUUUGUUUCAUUUUCAUGUACAAUAUAUAUCAACUAUUUUUCAAUUCAUUUUCAUGAACAAUAUAUAUCAACACACAAAUGUAAAAAAAAUUAUACAUCAUCUCACUCUUAUAACUAGCAAUCGAAUUGCCAUAGUAUAUCAAUCUAGAAGAUACUAAACAUCAUCAUCAUCAUCGUCAUCAUCAUCAUCAUCAUAUCAUCAUCAUCAUCAUCAUCAUCAUCAGGCAAGAUACCUUUAAGAUCCACACCAUCAUUAUCAUAGUAGGGGUAAGUCCUAUUUUAUUUUCUGUCAAUGCGAACCAGAAGCAGACGCUUGUGGUUUUAUCAGCUGUAUCUGUUUCUACACAAAAAUAUAACUAUAAACCUUGUCAGAUAUAUUUUGUUGAAAUUGUGAAUCGCACUGAGUAUUAAUUUGGAAUACAUCGACAACUUGUUCCAGUUUUUUAAAUCUCGCCUUAUCUAUGGUCAGUGUCCGUUAGUCGGUCGUCCAUCCUUGCAUAACCUUUAAAUGGGUUUUUUUAUUAUCAUUCUAAAAACAUAGCAUUGCCCUAAUGGUCUAUGUAUUAAUACGUAUACCUAUUGAUAUAAAAAGAUGCAUUCAGUUGUUUAAUAAUCGAUAAAAUUGUGAUGGGUGAGUUUAUGUGCUGACCCUUAGAGGGCAUACAUGUAAUGUGUGCCUACAAAUCUAACAUUGCUUUAUCAGUUGUCGUUAUCUGUUUCUAUACAGAAAUCUUAAUGAUAGCUAUGAACCUAUAGAUCAGUCUUAAAUAAUGAGCUUGUAACUUAAUACAAGUAAAUAUUAGUAAAAAAGCUACCUGUCAAACACGGGUUCGAGUGAUGAGUUUGGUAUACCAAAUUGUAGUAAUUGUUAUAUACUUCGUUACAAUGUAUAUAUAUAUAUAAAUGUCGGGUGAUACUGAAAUUAUUACGAUAAUGUAAAGAAUAUAGAUAUGGGAAUAUUUCUUAUCUGCACAUGUAAUUAAGCACUCUGUGUAACAUUUUCUUACGACAAAGACAUACAGGUAUUCAUUAGCUGCAAGUUGAUAUGUAGAAAUCGGAGUUGUCCAUGUUUAUCCAGGACCUCUUGGUGUGAAGACAAACAUUUACUUUUGAGAUACGUUUAUUAAUUAUUGGGCAGUUGUUUACAUUUUAUUGUACCAUCCCAUAUAGAUGGUGACAUUUUAUUGUACCAUCCCAUAUAGAUGUUGACAUUUCUUUCGGCCUGUUUUGAGUAUCCCAGUUACAACACUUGAGGUCCUUAGCAUCACAGACGAGCCUGCGGUGAACCAACUAUUUGUUACAGUUGAAUUCUUCUUUGGCGUUACUCUAAUUGCUGCAGUGUGUAUUGAAAUGUGUUGAUAUAUUGUGUUUCCUUUGCUCUCGUACAACACUAGUAAAAUGAGGUCUUGUUUAUCUCUGACCAGUGAAGACAUGAAAUCUGCACUUUUUAAAGAUAUAAUAAGAAGAAAAGUUUCAGUCCGUGCUAGAUUCAUUUUGGUGAAAUGGAGAAUACGGAUAUUGAAGUGGUACCCAAAAGAAAAUAUAUACCCAGGGAAAGUGAUAUUGGUAGGUAUGAAUGUUUGACGAAGUGAUGUGUUGCAGUAGGAUAAAUAUGCGGAAAGUAAUGCAUAAAUGUUCAAAAACACAUUUGGGGAAACAUGGAAUCGGUAGAAGUGAGUAUAAAUAUGGAAUACAUCGACAACUUGUUCCAGUGUUUUAAAUCUCGCCUUAUCUAUGGUCAGUGGUCCGUUAGUCGCUCGUCCAUCCUUGAAGAACCUAUAUGUGUUUUAUUUUAAUUAUCUUACUGAAAACAUGUUACGACCCUAAUGGUCUAUGUAUUGAUACAUACUGAUAUACAAAAUAUUUUAUUGCAGUGCGUUAAGUUCGGGUGAGUUUGUGCUGACCCUUCUCAGAGGGCAUAUAUGUAAUUUAUGCGUAAUAAAAAAUAUUAAUAUUGUU